AUGGCCGAAACCAAGGUCCGUUUCGGAAUCUUAGGCUGCGCUAACAUUGCUCGGAAAGUAUCAAGGGCCAUGAAACUCGCCCCCAACUGCGCCAUAACCGCCAUCGGAAGCCGUUCGAUCGAAAAGGCCUCCCAAUUCGCGGCGGAGAACGAAUUUCCGGCGUCGGCAAAAGUCUACGGCAGCUACGACGCCGUAUUGGACGACCCCGACGUGGAGGCCGUUUAUAUUCCGCUUCCGACGAGCCUUCACCUCCGGUGGGCUGUCCUGGCAGCCGAGAAGAAGAAGCACGUGUUGUUGGAGAAGCCGGUGGCUCUGAACGUGAAGGAAUUGGAUACUAUUCUGGAGGCGUGUGAAUCCAAUGGUGUGCAGUACAUGGACGCUACCAUGUGGAUGCAUCAUCCACGGACAGCUAAGAUGAGAGAAUUCCUCUCUGAUCCGCAGCGUUUUGGCCAACUCAAAUCGGUACACAGCAUUUUUAGUUAUGUUGGUGGUCCUGAAUUUCUCAAGGAUGACAUUCGCAUUAAACCUGAUCUUGAUGCUCUUGGAGCUUUGGGUGAUACUGGGUGGUAUUGCACCAGGGCAAUCUUAUGGGCUAAUGAAUAUGAACUGCCUAAAACAGUAACAGCUUUGCCUGAGCCUGAAUACAAUGAAGCAGUGAUUAGAAAUGAUUUAACAAGAAUCUUGGGCUGUGCUACCAUAGCCCGGAAAGUAUCACGGGCCAUGAAACUCGCCCCGAACUGCAAUAUAAGCGCCAUCGGAAGCCGUUCCAUCGAAAAUGCCUCAAAAUUUGCAACGGAAAACGGUUUUCCGGCAACGGCUAAAGUCUACGGUAGCUACGACGCCGUUUUGAAUGACCCCGACGUUGACGCAGUUUAUAUCCCCCUUCCGACGAGCCUUCACCUACGGUGGGUCGUCUUGGCCGCCAAGAAGAAGAAGCACGUGUUGUUGGAGAAGCCGGUGGCUCUAAAUGUGAAGGAACUCGACGCUAUUUUGAAAGCUUGUGAAUCCAAUGGUGUGCAGUACAUGGACGCCACCAUGUGGAUGCAUCAUCCACGAACGGCUAAGAUGAGAGAGUUUCUCUCUGAUCCGCAGCGUUUUGGCCAGCUCAAAUCGGUAAUAUGGUCGAGGGCUUAUUUUUUUUCUUUGAUUUUCGAUUUUGUCAUUUGA